GUAACCCAAAAACACACGCGUAUAGAAUCGCAGAUUGGGUGACCCACUUUGCUUUGCUUUGGACCAAAGCUCAAUUCUCAUUCGUACCCUUUCUGUCUGUCUGUAUUCUUUUUAAUCUAUCUUUCUCUCUCCCCUUAUCUGAAAACCGAUACCCAUAAUUUUCCAGCAACUUCCUUUUCUUCCAAUAUUCAGUCUUCCACGGUAUUUAUUCACCAAAGAGGCAAAAAAGCAGAGAACAAAGAGAAGAAGAGCAUUACACAAUAGAAAGAGUGUCUACGUAUUUGCUAAAGAGUAUCCUGUAAUGCUGGUUUCUGAACAGGCAACUAUGGGAAUCACACUGUACCAAAACCAUGCUGAGCAGCUGCUAAAGGAUUAUGUACUUGCAGAUUCAUUUAUACCUUGUACUUCCAUCAUUGGUGGAAUUUUUGCUUCCAAAGUGGUCUAUGAUCUUACCCAGACGAUCAGUGCUAUUUACUUCAAGAGCUAUGCCAGCCUUUCAAAAAUGCAGCGUGUUGAGUGGAAUAACAGGGCCAUAUCGACUCUUCAUGCCAUUUUUAUCACAACUAUAUCAUUAUACUUUGUGUUCUGGUCAGAUCUCUAUUCUGACCAAUUUGCUGGCCUUAUUACACUUCGAUGUUCUCAACUGUCCACAUUUGCCUUGGGGGUUUCGGUUGGUUACUUCCUGGCUGACCUUGGGAUGAUCUUAUGGUUUUAUCCUGCUCUAGGUGGAUUUGAGUAUGUGAUUCAUCAUCUUCUUUCAAUAGCAGCAGUAGCAUAUGCAAUGUUAACUGGGGAGGGGCAGCUAUACACCUACAUGGUUCUUAUCUCUGAGACGACCACCCCUGGGAUCAAUUUGAGAUGGUAUCUUGAUGCAACUGGAAAGAAGAGGUCUAGAGCAUAUGUCAUAAAUGGGGUCGUUAUAUUCUUUGCUUGGCUGGUUGCCAGAAUAAUCCUGUUCAUGUAUCUUUUUUACCAUUUCUACUUGCACUAUGAUCAGGUUCUGGGAGAGGUCAUGGUGGGUAGUCUUACCCUCUAUUUAAUGGAAAGGCUGAUUCCUGGACUUGAAGCCUCGACCUGUUGCUUUUGGUGGAACGAACUUACCUUCGCACCAACGCACUAACAUAUGAGAAGCUUAAUUUGCCAAAUUUUGUCGUAUCUUGUUUUUAAUCAUGUCAGAAAUGAUUGGGUCACAGUCUCCACUUUGUGCAUCAUAAUUAAUGAUUCAUUUUUCACCAAGAUGAUGGAUGAAAGGAAUUAGUCUUUAGGACCGAAGUACUAUUUGGUUUGAUUUUAGGUCCUGACUUUUGAAGACUUUCAUAAUACCAUCAACCAAACACGUUCAUGCGGAAAAUUACAUAUCAUAAAAUGGGUUAAUAGCAUGGUACUCCAUCACCGAUAGACACAAUAUUUAGUGACAGUUAUUGGUAGAUAAAGAAUGUUUGCAUGGAUCUGUCACAUACAAACUAAAAUUGAUAUCCAGAUAUUUCCAUUUUUUGGUAUCCAUUUGCUUAACUGAAUGGAACUUGGCCAAUAUGCAGAAUCAUUAUGUAUUCAUGUUAUUGUUCUCUCACCAAACAGGUUAAGCAGUUGCGGAGCGUUGGGUUAUUGUUAGUAUCUGUGGUGCCAUUGGUGCUAACUGUCAUGAACUUGAUGUGGUUCGCGAAGAUAGUCAAGGGAUUAAAGAAGACAAUAGCCAAGACGCAGUGAAGGAUACAUCAAUUACUGACAUUUUGACUGCAAACAUGAUUGGAAGGCUUAAACCAUUAUCAUCAUCGGCUUCAGCAUUUUCUCCUCUGUACUUUCCAUUCUCCCACGUGUAAAUGGCAUAGCAGUUAAUAGGCAGUCAUGGUUUAUGAUCAAUGUGAAUAUAGGUACCUAGAAAAGAUACCUACCUCUUCAUAAACCCUUGUUGUGCUAUUAUAUUAAGUACUGAUCUUUUCAGAAAUGAAAUAUGACAAAAACUGUCAUCUACAGGUUUUUAAUUACCAACUCAGAUAAUUUUCUGCGGAUGAAGUAGCAUGAAAGAAUCUUUGUGAGUUA